GCGUGCCGACGUCACGGCUGGUGUAUGGUGGCAGCGGGCGCAGUGUGCGGAGAGGCGGGGAGUCAGCUCAGGGUUCUCGGUGCUGGAGGAGGACGGGACCGGCGCUCUGCUCAGUCUGUACCGCGGGCGGUGUGUUCUCGGCUGACGCCGGCCUGGAUGGGAAGAGCACGGUUUCACUGAUCGGAGAGGUUCGGGAAAGGUUUCCAAGCAAACCAUGGCAUCUUGGUGAUUAGACGAAGGAAGUGACUCCCACACAAUGCAAUUUCUGGAUGACGGAGGUUUUUUAUGGCAGCGGGUGGCGACAGACAGGGUUGCCGAAAAAUUGAGUUCUACUCUCUCAUGGGUGAAGAACACAGUGUCACACACUGUCAGUCAAAUGGCAAGUCAAGUGGCGAGUCCAUCAACUUCAUUACACACUACGUCCUCCACCCUGUCUACACCAGCACUUUCCCCAUCUUCUCCGGUACAGCUAAGUCCAGACGAAGUAGAGUUGUUGGCGAAGCUAGAAGAACAGAACCGGCUGCUGGAGAUAGACAGUAAGUCUCUGCGAUCCGUUAAUGGCUCAAGAAGAAAUAGUGGCUCCUCGCUGGUGUCCAGCUCCUCAGCAUCCAGUAACCUCAGCCACCAUCAGGAAGAAGAUGCCUGGCUGCUCUGGGGGAGAAUCGUCAAUGAGUGGGAGGAGGUCUACAAGAAGAAGGAAAAGCAGAUCAAGGAACUUGUCAGGAAAGGCAUCCCACAUCACUUUCGUGCUAUUGUAUGGCAACUAUUAUGCGAUGCCCAAGAUAUGCCAAUUAAAGAGCAGUAUUGUGAUCUCCUGAAAAUGACCUCGCCGUGUGAAAAACUCAUCCGGAGGGACAUUGCCAGAACGUACCCAGAGCAUGAUUUCUUUAAAGAGAAGGAUAGUCUUGGGCAAGAAGUUCUGUUCAAUGUCAUGAAGGCAUAUUCUUUAGUGGACCGUGAAGUUGGUUACUGCCAGGGAAGUGCUUUUAUUGUGGGUCUUCUUCUUAUGCAGAUGCCGGAAGAAGAAGCAUUUUGUGUAUUUGUGAAAUUAAUGCAGGACUAUCGUCUUCGGGAGCUCUUUAAACCCAGCAUGGCUGAGCUGGGCCUGUGCAUGUAUCAGUUUGAGUGCAUGAUUCAGGAACAGCUGCCAGAAAUAUUUGUGCACUUUCAAGCCCAGAGUUUCCAUACCUCCAUGUAUGCAUCUUCUUGGUUUUUGACUAUUUUUCUUACCAGUUUCCCUCUACCAAUCGCCACUAGAAUAUUUGAUAUAUUUAUGUCUGAGGGCUUAGAAAUUGUGUUUCGGGUAGGCCUUGCAGUUCUUCAGAUGAACCAGGCAGAAUUAAUGCAGCUGGAUAUGGAAGGGAUGUUACAGCACUUUCAGAAGGUCAUUCCACAUCAGUUUGACGGCGGUCCUGAGAAGCUAAUACAAGCUGCUUAUCAAGUGAAAUACAAUGCAAAAAAGAUGAAAAAGUUAGAAAAAGAGUACACUACAAUAAAAACAAAGGAGAUGGAGGAGCAAGUUGAAAUCAAGAGGUUGCGCACUGAGAACAGGCUCUUGAAGCAGCGCAUUGAAACCUUAGAGAAGGAAAGUGCAUCCUUGGCAGAUAGAUUGAUCCAGGGACAAGUGACAAGGGCCCAGGAGGCAGAGGAAAACUACCUCAUUAAGCGGGAGCUGGCUACCAUGAAACAGCAGAAUGAUGAAUCCGGCUGUAAGCUGGAGCAAGCUCACCAUGCCAUCAGCGAGCUGCGGCAACAACAGCAAUUGCAUAAGUGUAGUCCUCGCUACUCGGAGGAGUUUGUGCUGCAACUAGAGAAAGAGCUGGUCCAGGCAAGGCUAAAAGAGGCCGAAUCCCACUGUGCCAUGAAGGACAUGCAGGACAAGAUGCUGGAAAUCGAGAAGAGAAAUACUUCAUUGCCAGAUGAGAACAACAUUGCGAGACUUCAAGAAGAACUUAUUGUAGUGAAGAUAAGAGAAGCAGAAGCCAUAACCGCCAUGAAGGAGCAGCGGCAACAGAUCAAAGACUUGGAGGAUCAUUGGCAGAGACAUUUAGCACGCACCACUGGCCGAUGGAAAGAUCCACCCAGGAAGAACACUGUAAAUGAGCUGCAAGACGAGUUGAUGAGCGUACGUCUUAGAGAAGCGGAGAGGCAGGCAGACCUGCGAGAAAUCAAACAGCGGAUGAUGGAGCUGGACACUCAGAACCAGAUAAACAGCAACCAUCUCCGACGAUCAGAGAAGGAGGUCAACAGUCUACAAGCCAAGGUGCAACAUCUGACCACCGAAAACAAGAGCCUGCAACAUCAGCUGUCUGAAGGCAAGCGAAGGCAGGCCGAGAUCGAGUGCAAGAACAAGGAGGAAGUGAUGGCAGUGAGACUCCGAGAAGCAGACAGUAUUGCGGCUGUGGCUGAACUCCAGCAGCGUAUAGCAGAGCUAAGAUUUCAGAAAGAAGAAGGGAAAAUUCAAGGACAACUCAACAACUCAGACUCCAGCCAGUACAUUCGUGAGUUAAAAGAUCAAAUUGAAGAAUUGAAACAGGAGAUUCAGUAUCUAAAAAGUCAGAAGGGCCUCCAAGGCCAUCACGCUUUUGACGGGAUCCAUAUCGUCAAUCACAUCAUUGGAGAUGACGUGUCCUUCCAUUCCUCCGAUGAAGACUUUGCCACCAGCUCACUACAGCGGGGGGGUCACUACGGCCUGGCCAAAAAGCACGGAAAGAUGGUUUUGGUUCCUUCUGAUUUGGAGAGCAGCGACAGUGAUCCGGAAGAACUGGCGAUCAUUACUGAUUCCAAUGGCGUGGUCCCAAAACCGAAUGCAAAAAGAACAGAGUCUUACUCCACUACAGUUUGAUCAUCACUGUGACUUUUAUUUUUUUUUAACCAGACGGUCAUGACAAUUGUUACAAUACGAGGACCAUCUUACAAUCUGCAGAUGUGACUGGCCCAGCAUGUACAGAACUUCUACUUGCCUUCACUUGCCUUUUGCCAAAUGCUCAUCAUUGCCAUACACUAGACGAAGAUGUUCAAUGGACAUGUUUGUCAUAGCAGUAUUAUCAGAAAAAUGCAUUUCCUUUUGAAUGUUUCUUAUUUUAGAUCAAAGCAGGUGUUAUUUCAGAAAGUUUAGUACAUACCAGAUGGAGACCAUUGAUAUUGACCCGUCUGGUCAUCCUUUCUUUCACCUGUGCAACUGAGAAACCUGUGCAAUAUUUGAUGCCUGUUGAACAAAAUGUAUUUUUGUUAAUGUGUGGUCAAAUGUAUGGUUUGGACAUAUCACAGGGUGUAAUCCUGAAACCCACCAGCUCAUCAGUGCAAUGAAGGCUGAAGAUGGCUUGCUGCAUUACAGCCCUUGGGGCUGAAGUUAGAAAACAUGGCUUUGGGCAUCAUAUCUGAUGUUUGUACUAAAGUUUUUGUUUUUUUUUAAAGUUCAGAGGACACUAAAUGAAGUCUUGGAUAGAGACGCAUACAACACUCCAGUAAAGUAAUCGAAGUACGGUACGGUAAGAGCAGAUCUCGGGGUCUUUGGUUCGGCACAGGCUUUUACACUGUCUUCAUUUGUGUGUGCAGCUCCCCCAUGGGCUGCAUACAUACAGAUGAAUGUUCGGCGGCUCAUUCUGAAAUCUUCAUAAAAUCUUUUUUUCUCCAAAAACCAUGCCAGCUGGGUCUGUUAUUCCUCCCAUUUAGGUGAGUGGAACUGAGCUUGACAAAGCUCAGACUAGAGUGGUGCUGUUUCUGGAAAGGAAAAAAAGUGGACCCUUGAAGCACAGCUGUGUCCUCUAACAGAAUGCCCAGGUUCUACUUUUGGUGGCCUGGUUCAAAAGUCUUAUAAGAAAAUGUAAACAUCUUGUUUGCCCUGUGUAAUAGGCCCAAAGUGUU